CCGUCAGCAUGGCUGCAUGGAAAAGCUGACAACACACGUAGGUGCACUUGUGUCGUUUUCGUCUUUGUGUGCUCGGCGUAAUCUGGCUAACAGAUAGUGGUGGUGGUGGUGGUUAUAGCGGCUGAGGCCAUGGCGAGGUCAGCUGGCUGUUGCUGCUUUUCACCGGGCUUUUUAUAGCUAACGGUCGCAAAUUAGUCCGGCGGGACCGUUAACGUUCUGGUGGACCACCGAGGACAGCGCGCGACCUUGGAGACGUUGUCAUGGAUUUGACGCGGUUGGCUGUGGAUGCUGGUCAGUUCAUCAACCGGGCUGUUCAGUACACGGAGGAGAGUCUUGGCCAUGCGGACAAGACAGAGUUGGACCCCGGGCUAGAGGAGCUCUUUUCCCGGGCAGACGCCACCAAGACCUGCACAGAUAAAAUAAUCUCCCAGACGGAGGUUUUACUUCAGCCCAAUGCCGGAAUGCGGUUAGAGGACCGGCUAUAUGAGCAUCUGGAUUGGAGCGUCCCCCCUCGUCCUCGUGCACAUGAAGACCUUGGAGACCAAAUGAUCCAGGCUGGGAUGGAAAUAGGUUCCAACACACCCUAUGGAACUGCACUGCUCAGGUGUGGAGAGGCUCAGAAGCAGCUGGGCCAGGCAGAGAGGAAGUUUGCCCAAAGCUCUAACAUCCACUUUAUCACCCCUCUGAAGAGUUUCACUGAGGGGGAAUACAGAGCCAUGCAGGAUGAGCGCAAGAUGUUGGUGAAUAAGCGUUUGGACUUGGACAUAGCCAAGACCAGACUGAGAAAAGCCCACGACGCCGACCAAGAAGGCAGAAACCUGAAUGCCAACCCGCUGGAAGACGACUACCUGUCCCAUGUCUCUUUCAUGUUCAGCUUCCUGCGUGUUAAAUGGCUGAAGAUGUGGGCCCAAGAAAUCUCUCAGGCAGAGAUGGAGCAGAGGAUCUGUCAGAGUCUUUUCGAUCGACAGGCGGAAAUCGCAAGACAAGUUGUGGAAGGAAUCAGCCACACUCAUACCAACCACAUGCGGAGCCUGACUGACUUUGUGGAGGCUCAGGCUUGUUAUUUCGACCAGUGCAACCAACAGGCUCAGGAGCUUCAGAAGCAGCUGGCCAGCAUUACAGCAGUCCUCUGGUCCAAUAACUGGCAGUCAGCUAUUAGUAAUGAAGUCAAUCAGCCUUCUACAAGCAACCAUGUAGCCAACGGGUUAAAUCAGGUCACUCCAAUUCCCAUAGUCGUCCACCAAGUUUCAGACUUCAACCAGGAUUCAUGGACUACAAAUCCACCGGCCGCAACUGAAAAACCAACAGAUUCCUCUGUAACCACACAGCUGAAUAACAACAACAACAACAACAACAACAACUUCUUUUCUGAUGGCCAGGCAACCAGCCCCUGUUUAGUGGUCAACCAAGCAUUGUAUCCUGUUUCUUCAUCAAAUUCGGAAAGUCCUCUAACAGAUCAGAAAUCAGCAGUAAGAAUGAAAGCCAGCGCAGGAACCAACAGCGCAAUAGCGGCAAUAACCAGUGUUGCAAGUAGUCUGACAACAACAACAGCAGCAGUAGCAGCAGCAGCAGCUUCCCCCCCUUUUGAACUCAGCGGAACGUCAAACGAGUCUCAGACAGCCAAUGCAGUAGCCAGUGAGACCAUAACAACCGAUGACAUAGCUAUAGAGACUCUGACAACCAGUGGCAUGGCUGCUGAGCCCCAAACAGCUGGGACUGGCUUUGCUUGGAGCUUCAGCUGAUUUUGAUCAGUGUAGCAAGAAUAUUGACUCUAUUAUAUAGGAACAGAUACAAAACAUUAUAACGUGGUAUGGCGAAGAUAA